CACCCUUCGUAAUUAAACACCUGUAACGCGUCCAAAUAUUCAACCAAUCCACUAUAAAUACCUCCACGAUUAACUGUUUCUGAACUUAUCGUUGUAAAGGUACACAUACACAUCUCUCUUCAUUGCAGCUGUCGUCUUGCUAUCGUUGCGUUUGGUGUGCAUUUGAUAAGAUCUUAUUAUGGAGCAUCGAAAGGAUGAGAAAAACGCACCGUGGAUGUCGGUGCCCCAAUUCGGAGACUGGGACCAAAAGGGUCCGCUUCCGGACUACUCUUUGGAUUUCUCAAAGAUAAGAGAGAUGAGGAAACAGAACAAGAGAGACAUAUCAAGAGCUAGCAUUGGUAAUGAAGAAGACCUCGUCUCUUCUUAUUCCUCUUCCAACACUGCCAAACUGAACACAACAAAUAACAGUGCUCCCCCUCAUCAUAGUUUUGAUGAAGAAGACCACUCUCCAACUGUGAGGAGAAGCAUUCUGAGUUACUUCAAUUGCUGCGUCAAAGCCUGAUGUUUUUAUCUGCUUUUGUUCAUUCUUGUUUAUCUUCUUUUCACAUCAAUGAGACAAAAGGCGUUUUCUUGUCACGCUUACCUCUUUAGUUCAUAUUUUAAUCUUAUUUUCAUAACCGUUAUAACCAAUAUGCGAAAUCUUUACGGUGUCUGUAAAGUGUAAACUAAUUUUCGAGUUGGUUAAGCAGGUGUUGAUGUUGAAUGUA